UAUACUGGUUCUCAUCCUCUCCGCCCACUACAAAGAUGGAGGACGACAUGUCAGAUUUCAGCAGACCUCAAAUGUAUUUGUUUGGUUGCACUCUGAGGUCGGAUAAACGGGAGUUUAAAGUUGACCUAGAUGACGAAGAUACAGAACAACAGCUGUCACUCAAAGCAGUGUGUCUGGGAGCUGAGGCGGAGGACAAAUUCCACAUGGUGGAAGUCGAAGGGCUCACAUAUGAUGCAAAAACCUCCAAAGUACCGAUAGCUGUCCUGAAACCGUCUGUCCUGCCGUCUAUGAAUUUAGGAGGGUUUGAGAUCACUCCCCCUGUUACCUUUCGUCUUGUUUCUGGUUCUGGUCCAGUUCACAUUAGUGGACAACAUUUUGUCAGUGUAAAAGACUCAGAGGAUGAAGAGGAGGAGAACAACACAUCUCCGGUGAAACGGCCUGCAAACCUAUCCUUACUGAAGAAGCCUCCGCAGAAAAAACCUAAAAUGGAUUCUAAUGACGAGGAUGAUGACGAUGAAGAGGACAGUGAUGAAGAUGAAGACGAUGAUGAUGAGAGUGAUGAAGAGGAUGUGAAGCCUCAAAAGAAUGUGGCAAAAGCACUCCAAAAAAGCCCAGAGUUGAUGCCUAAAAAGCCCAACAAGACGCCUGUGAAACAAAAUGGACCUGCAGAAAAAUCUUCUGGACCAGCAGCGAAACCCCAGAUUAAGACUCCUGGAAAAGACAAAUCACAGGCAGGGCUGUCUAAGACAUUUACUCUGACUGACAUCAAGAACAAGUUAUCAUCAGCAGCCAAGGAGGGAAAACCACUCCCGAAGACGGAGCAGAAGUUUGAGAAUUUUGUGAGGACUUCCUACAAAGUCACUGACAAGAAAGUUGUCCAGGAUCUCUGGAGUUUUCUGCAAACCCUGAAGACUGAGAAGAAAUAAUAUGCUUUUAUCAGGAAGAAUUUCUAGGCUUUCCUAAAGGCACAGUCUGCAAUGUUUCCUGCUUAACAGAUAAAGACUACAGUCAGGAGGAUUGCAGAUAUUUAGUUAAGGUUGCUGCAAAGAUAAAAAAUUAUGUUCUUUUUUUUUUUUGGCUGCAAAGCACAUAUUAUGUUUGCUAACACAUUCAUUUGUUGGUUGACAUUUUGCUGAAAUUUUUUGAUAGGUAAGCUGAUCCAGAGCACCUGUAGGGAUGCAAACUGCAGUUGUCUGAGCAUCUUGUCAUGGGAAACAUACGAUUCUAACAUUUAACAGGCAACAAAUCCCACCUGCCCCGUGGAUGAAUAAUGUAAAGCAUAAUCUAAUUUCAAAGAUGAUGUUUAUAGAACAUAGACAACAACUACAUCAGCUAUGUUAAUUUCAUUCAUUUCAGGACUCACUACGUCAAAUACACAGUAAAUGAAUGCAGCAUACAGUGUUAGAGCAAUCAGCAGCUCCAGAACAGCUUCGUUUGGAUCUCUGACACUUUGUCCUUCCUUAGUAAAUGAUACAAAAGGAAAAAUUGCACAUUGUGCCUUUUAAAUGCUUCAUUUGCAGCCAGAGCGACAUCUCUGAGUCUUAUUUUUGUGAAUAUGAGUAGUUUUCAACCAUGCUAAAGACAUUUUCUAUCAUUGCUCACUGACAGCUCAUGUCUUUUGUUUUUUAUCAUUUUUAUUAUAAACGUGCUUUUUUGAUUUUAUCAAGGAAUAUACGUUUUUAGGUCCUACAAACAUACUGUAGUAGUUUUAUCUUUUAAAUGUAUCCGUUUAGCUAAAGCAAAGUCCACUGCUUCUUAAAUGAUCUCUCUACUAACCCAAAGGAUUAUCAUUUGAUCCAUACUCAAAACAAUCCAAAAAUGUAAUGUGGAAAAUAAGUAAUGCCAGAACUCAUAAAUUCUGUAGAUCUGCAGUAAUGUGUCCUGCUCAUAUCUAAUAAACAGUUGAAAAGCUUGUUUCAAGAUGUUUUCAACAGAAGUCAAUUUGACAUUUCUUUGUUUAUCCUUCAUAAUUUUUUGUGCUUUAAUAUUUAAUCCUGAAUACAUGUCUAAUCAAUAUGUUUUUUAAUCAAGUUUGAUUAUCAUUUAUUGCAAGAAAAUAUCCUACCCACGGCAGUAACCAGAAAUUCAGCCAGUGUUUAAUGGACAUCAAAAUCUGGUUUUGAGCUAAAAACAUAAGCAAAUUUUUGAGAUAAUUUUAUGAGGAUAUAUUGGGGCAGUAUAAGUACAGAAUAUUCUCCUGUCAGAUAUACCAGCGUAAUAAUAAUUCUGUGAUCUUGUAUAAUUCAAAUGUCUGUGUAGAGUUUUGGUUUCAGUUGAAUAUUUUGUAGUUAGUGAUGUUUUUGUCUGGUUAAUGUCAUUUACAAGACUUUGAUAACUUACCUAAAGCCAGGUUCAGAUGUUUCCUUGCUCUUGCUCGUGUCAUUGUUUUUAAUUAAGCUCAUUAAAUCUUUUCUGUAAAUAAAUCUCUUACGUUUGUUUGUAUAUGUGGCAGCUGAACACUUUCGUUCUCCUAUUUUCCCCAAAACUUUCCGAAAACAUUCAUAAAUCUAGAUACUGUUCUUUAUUUCAUGUUGCAGUUUAAUUUGAAAGUGUUUAGUGGAAGCCCUUUUGUUUUUUUGGCUGUCCUUUUCACCUCUAAUCUGUCACUUUUUGUUUGUCCUGAUUAUUUUUGAGUGAUGCUGGAAUAUGUUCAAAUAAACAAAGAGUUUUUUUUUCUCAA